AGCUCACUUCUCGCCGGUUGUCACCGCACAUCACCUAAAAAAUGGCGCCCGCGUGGCAAGAAGUUGACCACGCUCGAAUAGAAAAACGGUGCGAGCUUGUGCUAACCGGCGCGGAAAUAUCGAAAAAGAUCGAAGAGGAAUCUUUCGAUGUCUCCGUGUACACUCUUUUUCACCUCAAUUUUUUAGAGGUAAGCCAUACGUGUCUGACGGCGAUGCCCGAUGGCAUCGCUCGUCUUGUCAACCUCACCCGACUUGCGCUGAAUGCGAACCAGCUUUCAAAGUUACCUCCCGAUUUGGGCAAACUCCGCAAGCUGAAGUUCCUCGACGUCUCAAGCAACUUUCUCGAGGAACUACCUGUCGAGCUGUCCAACCUCGGAGAACUGCAAAGCUUCAAUGUGAGCAACAACCGGCUCACGACGUUCCCCGACGAGUUUGCAAAGCUGACGCGCCUCAUUGUGUUCAACUUUUCCAGGAAUCAGCUUGAGGAAUUUCCCUCAUUUCUUUCUGGGGAGACCCGGUUCGAACAACUGUCCGAGCUUAUAGCCAACAGCAACCGCAUAGAAACGCUGCCGGGCAAGCUAUCCAACACCCUGCCGUCGCUCAAAUUGUUCGAUCUCGCUAGCAACUCUGUGAAGCAGGUUCCAGGCGAAAUUGGAGACAUAGGCAAGCUUAAGGAGCUCCUCCUGAAGGAUAAUCCGCUGAGUGACAAGCGCCUGAAGAAGUUGGUCGAACAGUGUCACUACAAGCAAGUCCUAGAAUACGUCAAAAGCCACUGUCCGCGAGAGUCGAAAGGCACGGGACAGGACAAGUCCGGUGCGUCCAAGAAAGGAAAGAAGAAAGGAACCAGUGCGCCCGUCGACGUCCAGGAGGUCCAGAAUGCCUUCGAAGUGCUCCAACUGAGUUCCCAGAGCCCCACGGUGAUAGUCACCGACGCUGUGCAAGAGGUGAGGCCUUACAUCGUCUGCUGCAUCAUCCGGAACGUCUAUCUUGACCGAGACAACCGACUUCGCAAGUUUCUUGCUCUCCAGAACAAAUUACACGAUACAAUUUGUGUGAAGCGAUCCGAGGCUACGAUAGCUACUCACGACCUUACGAAAAUAACUGGGAAUGUCUACUACGAUGCCAUUGAGCCUGACAAGCUAAAGCUUAUACCACUGGGAAGAAAGCAGGAGGUGAGCGGCAAAGAGCUGUAUCGGCAGAUGACGGAGGAAGCAGAUGCCCUGCGCAAGGAGAAGAAGCGAAGCACCUACCCGGGAAUAUACAAGUACUUGUACCUGCUCAAGGACAAGGCCCUGUACCCUUUCCUGAGAGAUGAAUCGAAGCUGGUCAUCUCCUUCCCACCAAUGACAAACAGCGACGGAACGAGGAUCUGUGAGCAGACGCGGGAUGUGUUUGCGGAAGUGACCGGCAACAACCUUCCGUUCUGCAAGAAGGUGAUGGACGCCCUGUUAGCCGAAAGCCUUCAGCUCGGCCUAGGUAACGAGGAGACUCUCUCAGAGGCGGGAAGUACUGGUGACAGUGGCGCCAACACACAUAGGCUUCAGUUGGAGAAGGUCAAAGUAGUGGACAAGGACGGAAACCUGCGUGUUGUGUACCCUUCCAAGACAGACCUCGCCUGCCCGGGAAUCGUUGUCGAGCAGCGGUCCGAGUGAAGUCGAUCACGCAUUUUUUGGGGGAGGGGCGGGGGGCUUUACUGCUGCUGUUCCAGAAAUGGACUGGUGUGACGUUCCUGGUGCCCUGUGGGCAUCUGGCUAUUAAAAAUGAUAGCAAGCAAAACAGAGGUUCACUGAAAGCUCAAGUCUUAUUAAAAUGAUAACAGUGGUCAAACAAGGGCUGUCGCUGGAGCUGCGACGAGGGUGCUUCUCUAUGGACAUUCCUUGCCCAAACCAUGUUAAAAAUUGGGAUUUUUAAAGGGACACUAGAGGAAAAUAUUAAGUGGAGUUACAUCAACGGAUUAUUCGUCUAGAAGUCUAUCACAGUUUUUAUUGUGCCAAUGCGUGACCUUGGUGUGUUUGGAAUCGCUACCACCCUUGCUCCUCAAUGAACCUUUCCCAGAAAUGCACAAGUACCGUUAGUGCCGGCCGCACUGCUGAUAGUUAGGCACAAGGCAUUGUUGGAAAAGGGUCCAUUUCUGAAAAGUCCACUUGAAUCACCUGUGCCAAAACAGAUGAGUUGAAUUAAUCCCCACAUGACCUCCCUCUCUGCUGCUCUCUCUAAAUCAGCCAGUGCUGAUUUCACAGGAGGUACCGUGGUCCAAAAUAGAUGGCACCACAUUAACUUUCCAUUUUUUUCCAUUUUCUCAUUUACAAAAGCACUGUUCUUGAUAUGAGUGAUGAGUUCAUUAUUACACAAGCCUAAUUUUUCUAUCUAGCUCAAGUUAACAUUUUCUUUUAGCACCCCUUUAAAGAUUUUGCUGGCUCAUCAUAGUGCUACAUGCAGACUGAAGAAAGAUCGCAAUGCCUGAGGCCAAAAGAACAUGGUUGUAUUGUCCGUGGCAUGAGAUUCGGGAUUUUUGCGCCGACGGGGAGAGGAAAGAGAGGAUUGGAUGUUUUGGGUGACUUAUGCUUUUGGUGUACAGCCAUGAUGUCAGGGUGUGUAGCAGAGGUUAGGAAGGUGGGCAGGGUGAAGUGGGACCGUGGGUGGGUGAAGUGGGUGAAGUAGCACCAGAGUAGCGCUUCAGUGCUAGAACAUUUCCUGGAAUUUUCAUAGUUCCUGUAACACCCACCAAACAAAAAGAAAUCAGGUUGGUGCGGGCUGCAGGCAUCCCCAGAAAUGGUGGCUAGGCUACUGCACGGAAUGCUGAAAGUUACAUGGCAGUGCUUGGCUGUCUGCAGUUCCAAAAACAAACAUCUUUGCAGCGAAAGCCAUAGUAUGCUGCCUUUCAAUAUACAGGAGAACCUUGUUGAUAGUUUCCUGUUUGUUGUGUUUGCCCAGCUUUUACGCCCUGAAGCGCAGGUCCUGUUUAGUUCCCACAGCAUGGUGUGCAUUAGCUUUUUUAGCAUGGUGUGUAUUAGCAUUUUAUGUUUCCCUUCGUGGUUGUUAUGUCCAAAAACUACAGCAGCCCACCACUGACAUCGUCAGCGGGGCUUAUGUUAACUGCCACGUGGCUUUUGAUACCUUGUACAAUUACUGAGACACGCACGGCUGCAUCGAAACUGAAAAAGUGGCCGUUAUUAUCGAGCAUUUGACACACACGCAACAUAAAAAUUGCAAGCUUCAUUUUGUGUGAUUCAUGGCUACGAAUGCUCAUAGAAAGUCUUUAACAUUCACUCUAACUGCUAGGCAGCAACAGUGAGUUUUAUAUAGUAGGCUUUUAACUGUUUGCUAGCUUCAAAUAAAGUUGUGUGUGAUGAUAGCUGUUUGCCUCAUCUGUAGUGCUGCCACAGCAUUACCAGAUGUUACGUUUUUCUGGAUCACUUUUCUCAUAGUCCCCCUAAGAAUCUAAACGGGGUUCUACAGUACUUAUAUGUAGCAUUCAGCAGCGCUGUAAGCCAGGUUCACUGGCACAUUAUUUUUCUAUUUAAUUGUAGAGCACAGCUCUUAGGCACUUUUUGCUGCGUUGAGCAUGGGCAUAACCGAGCAAUUGAACACAACCAAGGAUUAAGGAGUGAAUGCGGAGCGUAGCAAGGGAUGAAAGACGGCGAUAGCAAAGAGAGCCCAAGGAAGAAGGCAGAGGAGGAGGGUGCAGCAUAACCGUGAGACGAAACGCCGAGAAGGGUAUGGCGAAAGCGUGAGAAGAAAAGCAUAGUUAGACGCAAGAUGUGUUCUGCGGCGACGAUCGCUACGAGGUGGCACCAGAGUAGCGCUUGUCAUCUGUUCACCGGUGACUCCAUUGAUAAGGCAUGUGACGAGCACGUCCACCGAUGCCAUGUAUGGAAACAAAGCGCUGCAUGAACGGAAGUCUGUCUGCUGCAGCUGCUGUGAAUCACGCCCACACACUGCCUCUUGUGAUCUCCCGAUUAGCGAGGCAGUCGCACCACACUUCGUUCCGUUUGCAACAUGCCGCACGUGACACGUUGUCCAUGCCAGCCAAUAUAUCGCGAAACGAACAUUCAAAUUUCGCAUUAGGGAGUAUUAUAAUCGUUGGUUAAUUCUUUUAUUAUGGAUUUUAUGCAAAGUAAAAAGAGAAACUGAACCACUUCUGUCUGCUUUUUGUACUGUACAGAUACCUUAAUGUUUCUUUGUAUAUUCUAAGAUAUAGAACAAGAAAGUCCAGCAUGAGAACUAUCAUCAUAGUUGUACCUAUAUAGCUGAGUGGAGAAGCCUGCAUUUGAAAUUUCUGGUGUCAUCUUCUCCACAGUGCUGCCAGGUCACGUUUACAAGUUCUGUCUAUAUGUGAUGCCCGCUUUUUUAUGGGAUUAAUACACACUAGUUUUAAUACAAGCAAUGAAUGUCUCAAGCUUGUGUGUAUUCCGGCUGUCAAAAGUAGUAUUUCAUGGUGACUGGGCCAGAAUAUUGGUUAUACUGUGCUCACAAAAUGAAAUGUGACAGGAAAACUGCAUAGAACUCUCUAUACAUGGAAUCACUCGAUAGUACCAUGUCCACCUGCUGUGGUUGCUUAGUGGCUCUGGUGUUGGGCUGCUAAGCACGAGGUUGCGGGAUCGAAUUCCAGCCAUGGGGGCGAAAUGCAAAAACACCCAUGUGCUUAGAUUUAGGUGCUCAUUAAAGAAACCAGGUGGCACAUAUUAUUCCGGAAUGGCGUGUCUCAUAAUCAGAUUGUGGUUUUGGCACGUAAAAUCCCUUAAUUUAAUUUUUAAUAGUACCACAUCCUGUCAUAAUGAAUUGCUAAAGGUGGCACGAACUCUGAUCCAAGUGCACGAUUUGAAAUUACGCCGACGUCACAAGAACUGCAGACACUGGUAACAAAAGUAUGCAUAUUAGUUUGCAGUAAAUUGAUGUAUUUCAUUCUGUGAGCACUGUAAGUGGCUUGGGCAGCGCAAUGCAAAUUUGCUUAGAAAGGCAUGGGUCAGGCAGAAAUGGACAUGCAUUUCACUUUUUGGCAUCAGUGGAAGUACCUGCCUUAAACUUUAAGUACGCUGAAAGAUAGGAUGCUUCUUUCACAGAGUGACAGCCUUAAAGAAAGAUCAGAAGUUGUGCUUUUCAGCAUAGUGGUGACACUGUCUGGAAAAGGAAUGACACUGAUCACUAAUUCAAGAAUUAUGGGUUGAAUGUUGGCAGAUGUACAAACAAUUUUUGAAACUGCAUAGGCACAUUGAACACAAACAAGCUGCUCACACUCAUUGUCUGAGAAGUGUUUCAGGAAAACCGCUUCCUUCCUCCAUUAAAAGUUGUCUGCCUGCACAAUUUACGGUGUGUCGAACCACAUUUGCCAUGCCAAAGACUGUGGAGGACAGGCAGUGAUGCCAUUUAGACUUGCAAUAGCUUCAGAUUUUUAGUCAUUCAAAAGAUAGUUGGAUCAAAUUUUCAGUUAAGUUAAACUUCAUUGCAGCCACUAUAGCUGCUAAAUGAAGGCAUUUUCUGCAGCUUACGACAUAUAAAGCAGGCCUUAUGCAUAUUUCCCUUGACACUAGCUGAUUGCAGUAAUUAAAUUCAUUCUUGGUUUCUGUGGAAUAUACCUGCCAUGGCAGUUCUGCAUGAUGCUUUUAUUGGUUCUUUGCUGUGUAUAAUUUUAGCUCUUCUGGGCCCAUAUCUACGCAAGUCUUGUUUUGUAAAUGCCUUUUGCGACUGGCCAUUGACACAGUGCUUGUAACCACACCAAUCGCAAUCCUGAGUGGCAGGAAACUCCAACACCAUCCAAUCAAGAAAUUCUUUUUAAGACCAACUGCAAUGAAAUGUCAGACUGUGUAGUAAGUUUAGUUUCAGAUAGUCUAUUAUAUAGCGCUACUUCCACUAGCAAUUUGUUGACUAAAGCACAAGUGGGUGCAUCACAAAGACAUUUCAUUCUCUUUCUUUUUUUUUUUAAGUAUUCGUAUCAAAACUGUCUAAAGGUUUGCUGGAAAUUAUGCAGAACCUAGACCAUUGAGAACUUCUGUGGCUUUUGGGCAUGGCCUCCAAGAUUGCGGCACCGACGACAUGCUGAAAAUCUGCUAACCUCCAUAUGUACUUGUCACCUGUUUACACGAGACAAUUAGACAGUUACCAGCCUUGCAGCAUUGCCAAUAUUGAUUAAAUGGUGCAUUCUGAGCACUUAUAAUCAGUUUAGCCAAAGUGAACUUUCAGUGCAGUUGACUUUCAAGUAAGAGACGUCUUUUGUAUAAAGGCUCUGUUGUACACAUCAUUUGUAUUGCGGAAAGGGUAGACGGAAAGACACCAGGGGCUGCUUUCUUAAAUGGUCGCUUUUGGGAUUAUACAUUCAACUAUGCGAGAUUUUGCACGACUAGCACCAAACACGUUGGCAUCUGUGAGUGACAGUAUUCUCGGCACAGAGCCUAGGAUACUAUUACCUGUGUAUGCUGAUGCUUCCAGUGAGCAUCACGACAAGUGAUCAUCCAAGAGCACCACCUCAGGGAUAGGUGCUUUUUCAUGCGUACUUAAUUGUUUGCCAUUCCUUGAAUCAGUGUAAAAAGUGAGUAGAGCUGGAAUAAGAAAAAUGGUGCGUUUGCAGAAGGCUAUGGUAAUGGCACAACCACGUGGCUGCUAAAUAUUCCUUUCUGUAUGCACUGGGCGAUCAAGAUUGUUGUGGUAUUUCUUCAAAGCCAAAAUGCAAUUGCCCUUUUGCAAGUGGAACAACUUGUGUUGAACUAAGAAAGGCAGCUGAUCUGCAUGUUUUGCAUUGAUGAGGGCUUUGAAAUGGACUACUGCUUUUACUGAACUGUGAAAAAGUGAACCUUAAUUUAUUGAAUGUUUUAGAGUGCCACUCAUCUUUGUUCUUGCGAAGCACUGUUGAUUGAAGAAAUAAAAAUGAAACACUUGCAUUGUA